AUGGCAAUGUGGACACUUCAUCCCCCACCUGUGACAGGAGAUGUUUCCACCACCUGGAGCAAAAUGAGCCACGGCACCAAUUCUCACCUGGCUGAUUCUCCUCGGCUCUCCAAGGGCUUACUCAGCAUCCUCGGGAGCCCGCAGCCUGAAAGUAUGAGCUUGUCGGACUCCAUGUCUCCUACCCCAAAGAGUGGCACUCCGUCCCCUGGCCCGUCGCAGCUGCCCCUGUUGAAUUCCACCUGCCACGACAGUGACUGGGAGAGCCGGGAAGAGUUGCGCCUGCGAGAGCUUGAAGAAGCCCGGGCUCGAGCUGCCCAGAUGAGAAGACCAUGGCGCUGGUGGUCCGACUGCACCGCCAACUGGCGGGAGAAGUGGAGCAAGGUCCGCGCGGAGCGUAACAAGGCUCGGGAGGAGGUGCGCCAGCUGCGCCAGAAGCUGGAGACCUUGAGCAAGGAACUGACCAGCCUGAAGCGGGAGAAACAGGAGGCCCUCAACGAGACCAGCAGCUGGGCAAGGAGGUCGCCCGCCUGAAAGGAAAGAGAAGGAAGAAGAGAAGGAGAAAGGAUGGACAACCGCAUUGUCUCCGAGAAGGAGAGCGAGGCGUCUCCGGAACAGGAACCAGUUUCCCUGCAGGAGUUUGAACUGAUGGAGAACCUCCUGAAGAACAAGCAGGAAGAAGGUGAAUGCUACCAACGAAGCUCAGUUAGCGUCCGUUCGUCCUUCACUCGUCAGGAGAACCGGCUGCUUUGGGAAGACGUUUCCGUUAUUGAGGAGGAUGCCACCAAGAUCACCGCCCUGAAGCUACGGCUGGACGAGUCUCAGAAAGUGCUCCUCAAAGAAAGGGAGGACAAGCUGUCCCUCAGCAGGAACAUUGAGAAGCUGGAAGGUGAACUGAGCCAGUGGAAGAUCAAGUAUGAGCUGAACAAGAACAAGCAAGAGGUGUUGAAACAGCUGAACAUUCUCAAGGAGAUUCACCAGGAGCUGGGACGCAUCUCUGAGGACCUAGAAGACGAACUGGGGGCUCGCUCAAGUAUGGACAAGAAACUGGUCGAGUUACGGUCAGAGGUAGAGAGUCUCCAGGCUGAGAACGCAGCCGAAUGGGGCAAGCGAGAACGGCUGGAAACAGAGAAGCUGAAUCUGGAACGGGAGAAUAAGAAGCUGAAGGCCCAAAUCGAAGAUCUGGAAGAAAUCCUGGCUCGGAAGCGGAGACAAACCACCUGCGCUCUUGACACGGAUUUCAAGACCAUCCAAACGGAGCUGUUUGAGAAGAAUAAGGAGUUGGCUGACCUGAAGCACGUCCAUGCCAAACUGAAGAAGCAGCACCAGGAGAAGAUGGCCGAACUGGGCCACACCACUCGCCGAGUGGAGCAGCACGAGGGAGAAGUGAAGAAGUUACGCUUGCGGGUGGAGGAACUCAAGAAGGAGCUGGCUCAAGCGGAGGAUGAGCUCGAUGAGGCUCAUAACCAAGCCCGCAAAUUGCAGAGGUCGCUGGAUGAGCAGACGGAACAGAGUGAAAAUCUCCAAGUGCAGCUGGAACACCUGCAAUCCAGACUUCGCCGACAGCAGAACCUCCCUUUUGGGAAGAUCCGUGGGUCACGCUUUGGUCCGGACGAGCCCGGAGAUUGUACCAGCGACUUGGAUGAAGACGAAGACUUGAAAAUCCAAGUUCCGUAG